CUCCCUGAAGCUUCUGGUCUCUGAUUUCUUCAUUAUCUUCAAUUUUUGGAAUGUUUUUCAGUUCUUUAAAAAGAGAUAACAUAUGGAUAUUUAUGUACCUUAAUAUCGCGUCCUUCACUAAUUUAAUUACUGUUUGAUUGGUAACACGUUGCAAAAUCAAUUUUGCAACUUACGAGAUAAAACUACUCUCACAUAAAUCUCAUGGAUUUCCAAACACACACUUCAUGAACUAAUAAAAAGCAUAUGCACACUGUAUUUAUGUUUUGCCUGUAUCUCAACCUUAACUUGAACGAUACCAAAUAAUUCAUUGGAUUGCUAAUUGAGUCUUCUAUAUUUCUUGACUUCUUAUUAGUUAUUAUUCUGUAAACCCUUUUCUUUUCAGUUCUUACUAUUUUAAAUUCCUCCUGCUAAUUUUCUUCUGGAGGAUAGAGAUGAGCAAACAAAUGAGUUCUGAAGUCAACGACAAAGAUGAACUUGCGCUAGAAAUCACAGAGGCAAAACAUAAACGUUGGUGCAGACUUGAGGAGAUUUUAAAACAUGAAUUCUUAAGGCUGGUGAGAAUAAGGGAUUUUUUGAGCCUCAUUUUAAUGUAUCCCAUGAUACUGCCGGACCAACACUUGUUAGAAAAAUGGAGAGAUGAUGCUCAAGCAGCUACUGCCAAGUAUUUUGAAGACAUGGAUCGCAUUGGAAUAAAAUCAUCUGGUGCUUACCGUUGGAUGCACUUGCUUUGUGAAAAACCAUUGAAAAAUUUGGAAGUACUUAUACCAAAUGACAUACUUAGUAAGAUAGAAGAAGGUCGGAGAUCCAUAUUUGAUGAAAAUAUUGCCACUCUAUCAGGAGAGGCAGUAGCUUCUAACAGCAUAAGCAAAGGGAAAGAAGUGCUUGAAUGGGAUUAUGUCCAUAACAUGAUUCCAGAAGCUAUUCUCAAUUUAGCCGCUGAUCUUGCUGUUGACCAACUGAUUCAAACUUUACUUAGUCACAACAUUCAUCGUGUUGUGUUCUCAACAAGAAAUGGAUUUGAAAAAGUAGAUGUGGUAAGAAAAAUAAAAGCAGCUUUGAAUUACGAGUACAAUGGAACUACCAUUGGUAACAAAUAUUCUAGAGUUUUAUGGGUUUAUGCAUCAGAUUAUUCAAGCAAUACAGAAGUUCAAAUUAGACAAGAGAUUGCAAAACAGCUUGACCUUGUGACAAGCAAAGGGGAUCAGGCAGAAAAUGAUGAUAUUUUGCUCAGAAGACUCCUUGAGGUUGAGAUGACGAGAAUGAACCAUUUAGCGUUUCUAGUGGAUGGCAAUGGCAAAGGAAACAUUGACCCUUGGAAAGCAGGAUUCCCUAAGAAUAUGUUAGCAUGUGCUGUUGUGUUAUUAACCAUUGAAUCAUCGCUUCAGGAACAUGAUGAAUUGUUGAUGGGAAUGGAUCUUGAAAUUAAGACAGAGGAUCAUCUGAUGCCAUGGGAAAUCUUCUGCAGAGCUGUAGGUAGGGAACUUAUACUUUCAUCAAGUGACAUCCGAAGAAUUGCUGUGCAAAUUGUUGAGAAGUGUCGUGACCAUCUUCUUGCCAUUGUUCUUGUGGCAAGAUCAUUGAAGAACAUGAAAAAUGUUGCGCUUUGGGAACUUGCACUGGAGAAAUUGCAUGACCUUCAUCCUUUACAUACCAGUAGAAUUCAUGAUGAUAUGAAUGAUGUUAUGAUGAAUGCAUUUAUAAACAUUAUCUGGAAUGAUUUGAAUAAGACAGACAAGCUUUGUCUUGCGUGCUCUUUAUUUGUACUCAGACUUGAGGAAAAAAUGGCAGAGCAUCUCAUAAUAUCCAGUUGGGUUUAUAAUAAAUUAGUCUACUCGCGAGAAGAAGCUGAGCUCAUUCUUAGUGAUUUUGUGGAUCGAUAUAUUUUUCUUAAAUCAGAACAAAAGUAUAUUCAAUGGCCAAGAGAAACCUAUGAUGUCUUGAAGUCCUUGCUCAUGUUAGACCCAUUACACAAAAUAAAGAAAGGUGGCUUGGGAUUGACUGAGUUGCAAAUCACUACAGAAUGGGUUUUGGCCAGGCAUAUUGAGUGAAUGGACAAUAAGCUGUCAGAGCUACCAUUGAACAUGGAUUGCCCUGGAUGGACUUAAUUGCUGUUACAAGGCAAUACUAACUUGAUGGAAAUUCCACCCAUAUUUUUUAGUUUUAUGCCUCAUCUUUAUGUCUUGGACUUAUCCUACACAAGCAUAAAGAGUUUGCCCAAUUCUUUAUUCCAUUUAAAAGAGCUUGGAGAAUUGUAUUUAAAGGGAUGUAAGCGUCUUAUGGAAUUGCCACCGGAAAUUGGAGAACUUAAGAAUCUUGAGAUUCUUGAUCUUGAUAGUACUCCGAUUACAUAUGUUCCCAAGGAUAUUCAAGAGCUGACAAAGUUGAAAAAGUUGAUUAUAUCGUUUUAUACAUGUCAUCAAUAUCCAAUUCCUCCUGGGGUAAUAUCUAAAUUGACGCAAUUACUUUAUUUACACAUUGAUGUAAAUCUUGAUAACAAGUGCUGGGAUGAGAGCAUUGCAGUCAUUUUACAUGACAUUUUUAAAUUACAGAAAUUGAAUAUUUUGAAUUUAAAAUCCCACAGGGUGAACUUUUGAAGUAUGUCCCACAACGAUUGGAUUUCAGAUUUAUUGUUGGUCACAAUAUCCAGCCGAGGAUCAUAUCACGUGUACCACCUGCAAUUGAGUCAAAAUUCAAGCAACAUAGUUAUAGCUUAAGAUUUGUUAAUGAUGUGCACAUAUCAGAUGACAUCGUUGAGGUUAUUCGACGCAGCAAGGCUGUUUUUUUGGAGCGGCAUAGCACAAUCGAGAUAUCUCUCUCAAAUUGAUAAAGGAAGUCUAGCACAUCUGCAAUCACUCAUAGUGGGGGAAUGUAACAAUACGCAAACCCUAAUUGAUGGAGGAUCUUCAAUCCGUUCUGAUUUACGUUGGGGAUUCUUGUGCUUAUUUUGUAUGAACCAUCUGAUAAGCUUUUGUGAGGGGAAGCCUACUUUUACUCACUGAAGAUCAUACAAUUGCACAAUUGCCCCAAGUUAACAAGCAUCUUUACAUUGAAUUUUCUUGGGAGUCUUGUGAACUUGGAGGAGCUAAUAGUUGAAGACUGCCCAAUGAUGAGCACCAUAAUAAGUCUUGAAUCAGUGGAUUCCAAAGAAAGGAUUUAUUUGCCUCGUCUUAAAAAAGUAUCACUCCUUUUUCUUCCUAAAUUGGUUAGCAUUUCAAAUGAAUUGUGCAUUGGUCCAAGUUUAGAAAGUAUUGGAUUUUAUGAUUGUCCAAAACUCCAGAUUCUUUCUGUUAAGGAAUUGGUAAGCAAAAAUUUAAAAGUCAUCAAAGGAGAGAAAGAGUGGUGGGAUGCUCUAAAAUGGGAAGGAUCAGAAUGGAGCAAAGAAGGCCGGCCAGAUUAUUUGCACCAUAUGUUUUCUCCAAUAAAUGAGGAGACUGACAUCUUAGAUCAAUUACUUGAAGUUGAACAACCUUCCAGAUCCAACAAAAAAGAGGCUUGGGUUGAGAAUCUUGACAAGAAGGCUGGCAUAUUUUCUACUUUUAGUUAUGAAAAAGAUGACGAUGAAUCUUUCAGAUCCAACAACGAGGAGUUCUCGGUUGGGAAUCUCGAGGCUGGCAUACUUUCCACUUUUAAUAAUGAAAAAGAUGAUAAUGAAUCUUUCAAAUCCAGUAAUGAGGAGCUCUCGGUAAGACAUCUUUUAUUUUACUUUUUUUUAUUUCUGAAAGUAUGGCAUUUUUUCUUUCCUUCGACUUCAAAUCUGUCAUUCUCUGUU